UUCUCAAAUUUACUAGUAGCAAAAAGUAAAGUUGCCCCUUUACAAACUGUCUGCCUCCCGCGCUUAGAGCUUAAUGGCGCAGUGUUAUUAGCAAAUUUAGUUAAUUACGUAAUAAACUCUCUUAAUUUCAGUAAAAGCGAAAUAUAUUUGUGGACAGAUUCAGCUAUAGUCCUUGGAUGGUUAUCAAAACCACCUUCAUCAUGGGAAACUUAUGUGGCAAACAGAACAUCACGAAUACAUGAAUUAAUGACUAAUGUCACAUGGCGACAUGUUCCAACACAUGAUAAUCCAGCUGAUUUGGGCACACGAGGUUGUAAAGCACAAAAUUUGGUAAAUAAUUCACUUUGGUGGAAUGGACCAUCAUGGUUAAAAAAACCAUCAUCAGAAUGGCCUAAACGAAAUAUAUUAAAUAAUAACCCAGAAAAUAAAGAAAUACAAUCUCUAAACGUUCAGCUUGAAACGGAUGACAUCCUAGACAAUUUUUCAUCAUAUGGCAGAGCAUUACGGGUAAUAUGCUACAUUUUUAGAUUUUUCCAUAAUACUAAUAAGAAAAUGCGUAAAAAUUUAAAACAUAAUACUCAAAUUGCAUUGACACAAAAUGAAAUGAAAUUUGUAAAGUCAAGACUAAUUGUUUUAGCUCAAAAAACAUUUUAUAACGAAGAAUAUCAAUGCGUAAGUAAAUCAAAAGAUAUUUCAAACAAAAGUACGCUGAAAAGUUUAAACCCAUUCAUAGAUAAAGAUUCAAUUUUGAGAGUAAAUGGUAGAUUAGCUCAUUCAUCACUACCAUAUGGCGAACGUUAUCCCAUAAUUUUACCUGGCAACUCCCGAUUUUGCCAAUUAUAUUUACACCAUUUGCAUGAGUUUCUCUUUCAUGCUGAAUGCGGUCAAAUGUACCGAAUAAUACAAACUGAAUUUCUCAUAUUCAGAUUAAAACCUCGUAUUAAGAAAAUAAUCCGUAACUGUAAAAUAUGCUUAAUAUAUAAAAAGCAGCCAUGCUCUCAGAUAAUGGCUCCCUUACCUCCGGAAAGAUGUAAUCUCUCUCUUCCUUUCCAGGUAACAGGUAUUGAUUUUGCUGGACCUUUUGAGUUAAAAACGUCGAUUCUAAGAAAAUCUCCAAUAACUAAAGGAUAUGUAAGUGUAUUUGUAUGUUUUAGCACGAAAGCUGUCCAUUUAGAGCCAUGUUCAGAAUUAUCCUCAGCGGCAUUCCAAGCUGCCUUCGCUCGAUUCAUUGGGAGGCGGGGGCUCCCCCAAAGGGUAGUUACGGAUAAUGGACGAAAUUUCUUAGGUGCUAGUAGAACGCUGGAACGAGAAUUUUCUGCGUUUGUUAAAAAUAGUGCCCAAGAUGUAGCGCAGAAAUAUAUAACACAUGGGUUUGAAUGGAAAUUCAUCCCACCUCAUGCUCCUCAUAUGGGCGGCCUCUGGGAAGCAGCCGUAAAAAGCUUCAAAUAUCACUUUAAACGAAUUGCUGGGGCUCACAAAUUCACCUUUGAGGAAUUCGCCACAAUUUUAGCACGAAUAGAAGGAGUACUCAAUUCCCGGCCUAUAUCAGCAGUAUCAGAAGACCCUUCAGAUCUCACAGCUCUAACGCCAGGACAUUUUUUAAGAGGUGCCCCUUUGAUGGCAUUCCCUGAACAAGAUUGUUCGAAUAUGUCGGUAAUAAAUAGAUGGGAAAAGCUGAAGGUUAUACAUCAUCAACGAUGGAAAAAUGAUUAUCUAAAAUCACAUCAUAAAAGGUAUAAGUGGAAAACCUCAUCUCAAAAUAUGCAGGUUGGAGAUUUAGUCAUUAUUAUGGACGAUCUACUGCCGCCUCACGAGUGGAAUCUUGGCCGAAUUGAAAAAACUUGUUCCGGUUCAGAUGGUAAUGUACGAACUGCCGAGAUACGAACUGCUAAUGGGGUCCAAUCGACGACUAACCGCCACUCGGGUCCCUAAUGAAAAUCAUAGCCCUAAUGAAGAGAGAAGCGUGGUACCAAGAGACUCAGAGGUGUUCUACUGUGUGAUAUGCACAGGAUAUCACGGGCUCAAGUUCUGUCGAAGAUUUAGAAGGAUGACGCCACAAAAGAGAAGGGACAUAGUUGAACGACUAGGGUACUGUGUUAAUUGCUUGGCUAGAAGCCACAGCAUCCGGUCAUGUACCUCAAUGGAGGCGUGCUUAAAAUGUGCACAAUUGCACCAUACCCUGUUGCACCCAACAAGAACAGUCAGCCCACGACCGAGAACUACCACCAUCAGCAGUCGACGCAGUCUCGAUAACUCCGAGACCCACCAACAGCAUCGUCAACACCAACAGCUUCGUCAACACCAGCAGCAUCGUCAACACCAUCGUCAAAACCGACAACAUCAACCUCACCCUCAUCAUCACCAACAUCGUCAUUAUCAACAUCGUCAUCAUCAACAUCGUCAUCAUCAACGUCAGCAACAUCAUCAUCAUCGUCAGCAACGUCAUCAACUUCAACAACGUCACCCAACUCCACAACCGCCAGCUCCAGUUGCAUCUCCUGCUACAAAUACAACACCCGCUCCAGAUCAACACAUCUUGGCUGAAGCUAUAAAAUCGUUAGCCAACGUCCUAUGCUAUCAAAGCAAAAAGGAGUAAAUAGGCAAGGUUCGAGGCCGGCGCCAUGUUGAAACCAAUAUUUAAUUGUUUCUUUUUGUAUAUAUUAUUCAAUGAAUUAUUAUUAAAAUUAGUAUUAAGUUAUGAAUUGUAUUUUGAAUUUGAA